CGACAACAAUACCGACGAAAGGCCAACCAGACCCCUCAACGAGGCUGCCAUGAUCCCCUCCACCGUUUUCUUCCCAUUGGCUACGGCUCUGCUGAACACACCGAGCUGACUCGCCCAUCGACAUCUACAACAGCCUCGGAAUGGCCUCGUUUAUAGCUCGCUGCCGCAUCUAAUUGCACAGCAGUCAGCAGUCAGACUUGCAAUCAAGGGCUGAGUAGUACAAAAGUACGCACCACCACCAGAUUGGCCAGGUCUCGUUCAUACAGGGUGUUGCACUUGAGGGGCACCCUAAUAUACAAGGUACUUCUAUGGCGGGAAACAACCUAGAAAGAGAGAAAGCCUCAAGGUACGGUACUGUGUGCCCCAGCUGCAUUACCCCAUAUGCACAUGGUAUGACAACCAGGGGAGCCCCACAAUCCGGGGCACGUCGAACAAACGCCAUGUGGAGCAGACAGACAGGCGGAGGGAGAACAAAUUGAACUGAACUGUUCACGACUUCGACCCGCGGUGUGAAAUGAGACUGGGGUGUGGCAACCUUCCCCCACACUGCUCAGGUUGUUAUUACUCCUUUCAUGGAAGCAACACGGCCAGGAACUACACAGCUCCAACCAGACAAUUUGUUUGAGGUCACAUCAGAGCAGUAAUCAUCGCCAUGGCGCUCGGUAUCCUCGAACCUCACACAGCGGCUCCUGUGGCCGGCACGGUCAUUAUUCAGGACGAUGUGGCCGCCGAUACGCCUCAUUCCUCGCAAUUGAAACAUGGCACAGGCAGCAGUGCGAAUGUGGUGCUGAACCCCCAACCUUCUGACGAUCCCAACGAUCCCCUGAAUUGGAGUGGCCGGGAGAAACAUGCCAUCUUGGCCAUACUCGCCUUCGGUUGCAUCGUCACUGCUUGCGUAGUGGGUCCUCUCUUGAAUGCUGGAACGGUAGAAAUCGCUAUGGACCUCAAUGUCUCACCAGCCACGAUAGCCAAAAUGAACGGGUACACCCUCCUCGCUGCUGGAGUGUCGGGUCCUUUCGCUGCUGUCUGUGCGAACAAACUGGGAAAACGCCCGGUCUACCUCUUUUCCUCUACAAUGGCAUUGGUGGGAUGCAUCAUCGGAGAGGCUGCCAAAACCUACCGGACGUUGGUGACCGCACGUGCAAUCCAAGGACUAUCGUGCUCCGCCUACGAAUCCAUCGUCAUCUCGUCGGUCGGUGACCUGUUCUUCGUUCACGAGCGCUCUCCCCGUGUCGCCAUCAUCAUGUUCAUGCUGACAGCAGUAAACAAUGGUGUCUCGAUCAUCGCGGGUCCAAUCACUGCGGAGCUGGGAUGGACCUAUAAUUUCCACAUCCUACUGCCAUUCACCGCCUUGCAGUUGAUUCUAUUGUUCUUGUUCUGUCCCGAGACCACCUACAACCGCAGCGCAGUGUAUGAUGCUGAUAUCACAGCAUCAGACGAGGACGUGCAUGCGUUGGGUGACGUGGAGGAAAAAGAUCGCCGAAGCGGGCAAUAUGCUCGCGAAAACGAUGGCACUCAGCCCAGCCAAGCCGAGAAGGCAGAGAAAAGCCUUCAUUUCGAAACAAUACCCACGCAGACAAGCAUUCAGCGCCCGCGCAAGACGUUUGUGCAGCGAUUGGCCCUUUAUAGCACGAAUUCGACUUCCGAACCAGCCUGGAAAAUGCUCCUUGCCUGCCCUGCCAUUAUGCUGAACGUAGGCGCUGCAUACAGUAUCGCUACGUCGGGCCUGAUCAUCACAUGGUCAGUAGCUCUAUCGGUGAUAGCUGCGGUGCUCUGGUCGGUCCCUCCAUAUUCUCUCACUGCAGCUGGUGUCGGCUAUGUCUCGGUUGGACCACUCAUUGGCGGCUGUCUGGGCGCGCUGGUGUAUGGGUGGCUGUCUGACCCAUUCAUCAAGAGGAUGGCAGCUCGGAAUGGAGGUGUGUACGAGCCGGAGAUGAAGCUGCCUAUUGUCUUGCUCGGCUUGGCGCCUGCCAUCGGAGGUCUCGUGGGAUUCGGGUAUGCAAAUAAGCAUCACGACUCCAUCUACCUCAUAUCAUUCACCUGGGCCCUGGCACUGUUCGGGCUGACCAUCCUCGUGGCCGUCCCCACGGCCUACGCAUUGGACGCAUUCCGUGCUCAUAGCGUUGAGAUCUUCAUCAUGAAUAUGACUUUCAAGAACUUGUUCUUCUACGGUCUCGUCAACUACGUCGUCGACUGGUACAUGGACCAAGGCGUGGUUAAUAUGUUCGGAGUCAUGGCAGGCCUCACGGUGGCAUUGACGUUGACCACGCUGCCAAUGUACGUGUUCGGCAAGCGUUAUCGAAACUUCUGGCAACACCAUAACUUGUUGGUGAAGUUUGGGCUUCGCGAUGAAGUGAAUAGAAUAGACUCGGAGCCUGUACGUUGAGGACUUGAACUUCACAUGACAACAUGGGGAGCGAGAUGAAUGUGCCGACGUUUCAAGGCUACUAGGGUUGCUAAACGCCGCUGCUGCUACUGUCGCCGCGCCCCUGGCCAACAGGGGAGAGAGAUUGAAAUUUGCGGGGAAAUUUGCGGAGAAAAGUUUCUAGUUGAGGGGGAUGUGGGGUCAUCCUAGUAUGAAUGUAUACACGCCAUGGCACUGUAGCAGGGGAAUGUCGCUCGCCGCCCACUACCACUACCACCACCACCACCACCGCCUCCACCAUCAGCACCACCAUCUCCAACAACCUCCACCACCAAGAACAGUCGUGGAGGACAUGGCCGUCGAGCCUGUACCACCUACUACAGC